CGUGGAAGGACCGCGACGACAAUAACGUCAGCUCUCUGAUCAUCACCAUUGACCUCACCUAUCGACCAUAGAGCGCAACAACUCUCGUGCCUUUCUUCGACGUCAAUUUUCGGCCGCAGCAAUUUCGAAUACACAUCUCGAUCCCAACGCACCCGGUCUGUCGCGAUGUCUGCCUCAAGCGCAAGGGAUGCCUACCACAAUCCCAGUCUGGAAGACGACGACUUGAUUGAUCCUGAUGACGCUGAUCUGAACGAUUUUGACGAUCCCCUCGGCCAGCAAUCAUCCCGACAGCCACUGGCGGGCAACAUUGGGUCCGGCGGCUCCUCGUCGCGUCCCUUGAACGAGGGCUACUUGACCUCCCGCAUCCCCGGCGAGGACCGCAGCGCGCCGCAGAACACCAUUGACGAAACGGUAUGGGAGACUCUUCGUCGCGACCUGCUGGCCGUCUGGGCCAAGCUGCGCGAGGUGCUCUACCCCAAGUACCUCCUCGGCGGCACCAUGUUCGACUCGGACGGCGGCCUGCGCGGCGCAUACUCCAACAUACGAGGCGCGGGCAUCACCGGCACGCGCGAGGAGCUCACUGGCCUGGCGAGCCGGGUGAUGGACCCAGAGGCCCUGCUGCAAAGCAACAUGACGCCCGGCCUGCGCGACUGGGAUCUUUGGGGCCCGCUCAUCUUCUGCUUGCUGCUGAGCCUGCUGCUGAGCAUGCCGCACCAUGAGCAGAGGGAUGAGGUCUUCAGCGGCGUGUUUGCCAUGGUUUGGCUGGGAGAGGCUAUUGUCACCUUGCAGAUCAAGCUCUUGGGCGGAAACAUCUCGUUUGCGCAGAGCGUCUGCAUCAUCGGCUAUACACUGUUCCCCCUCGUCCUCGCCGCGCUCAUGUCGGCUCUGGGGCUGCACUGGAUCGCAAGGAUACCUGUCUACAUUGUGCUCAUCGGCUGGUCUUUGGCCGCCGGUGUGAGCAUUCUGGGCGGCAGCGGCGUCGUCAAGAACCGUGUCGCCAUCGCCAUCUACCCUCUCUUUGUUUUCUACCUGGGUCUUGGCUGCCUCUGCUUCAUUAGCUAAGCGGCCAUCCCGUAACGUCGGCGUUGUAUGAGAUGAACUCGCGGUCAUGUAACCAGUAGAGCUAGAGGCGUUCAUGCUGGCAUCUUGAUGAUUUGUAUUCUUACGAAAUAGCAAUAUGGAUACAGUGAUAAUCCGUCGCCGUGUGAGCGCUGAUCUAUCGUGGCCUUCUACGGUCUUAUCUACGUACCUUAGUCAGGGCCGACGAUAUCGGCGCCUCGUGGUAGCCCAAAAGGGUUAAGGCUAAACAGCGUGUCAUGGUCCCCACUAUCUAUCAGCGGUCACGGCGCCCUGCGAUGUCAAAAAAAUGACGGCAGCCAAUCACGGCAAGGCCUUUUUAGUCUUACUAGCUUU